CAUGGUGAAUAGGUCAGAUCCCUUAUGACAAGAUGAAUGUGACGUUGCAAAUUUGCAAUUGAUAAUCUCUGAUACUGAUAAACCAAGCUAUCAAAAUGCAAAAUAUUUUAUCAGUUGACAAAAGAACAUCGUAGAAGAAUGAUCAUUGAAUUGUCAUUGUUGUUUUUAUCAAUAAUAAGUAUAUUUUUAAUAUGGGCAAAAUGGAAACUAACAUAUUGGCAAAGACUUGGUGUAAAAACACUACCAACAAAUAUAUUAUUUGGUAAUUUUAAAGAUAAUAUUUAUCAACGUAUAUCACCAGGAUGGUUAAUUGGUCGUUUACAUCUUCAAGCUGAUGAAAAAUUACCAUUUAUUGGAAUAUAUAUAUUUCAUCAACCAUCAUUAUUAAUACGUGAUCCAUUAUUAAUGAAAAAAAUAUUUGUCAAAGAUUUUGAUGUAUUUCCAAAUCAUAAAUUUGCUGUUAAAAAUCCAGAUGAUCCAAUUGGUACAAGAAAUAUAUUUUCAAUUGAUAAUCCAGAAUGGAAACAUUUAAGAACAAAAUUAUCACCAGCAUUUAGUAGUGGUAAAAUUAAACAAUUAUUUGAUCUUAUGGUUGAAUCAUCUGAAACAUUAAAUAAUUUUUUAUAUGAUAAAUUUAAUAAUAAUUUAAAUAAUGAUAAAAUAACAAUUGAUUUAAAACUUGCAUCACAAAAAUAUACAACUGAUGUUAUAUCAUCAUUGGCAUUUGGUGUUAGAACAAAUUCAUUUGAUGAUUCAACAGCUGAAUUUUGGAGACGAAGUAUUUAUCCAACAACAAUGACACUCAAACAAAUAAUUCGUUUAUUUUGUAUAUUUUUUUUUCCAAAAUUAAAUAAUUUACUUGUACCUGGAACAUUGCUGGAUCAUCAUACUGAUUAUUUUCGUGAUAUUUUUUGGCGUUCAAUGGAUAUGAGAGAAAAAUCAAAUAUCGAAAGAGGCGAUGUUAUGGAUACAUUAUUAAAAUUAAAAAAUGAUAAAAAAGAUUCAACAUUUACUUUUACUAGAGAUGAGCUUGUUGCACAGUCAGUUGUAUUUUUAUUAGCUGGUCAAGAAACAAGUUCAACGACAAUUGCAUUUGGAUUAUAUGAGUUGGCAAAACAACCAGAACUUCAAGAUCGUGUUAGAAAUGAAAUUCGUGAAAAAAUUAAUAAUAAAGGAUUUACAUAUGAAGCUGUUCAAGAUAUGAAAUAUUUGAUGCAAGUUAUUAAUGAGACAUUGAGAAUGUAUCCGCCAGCUCCACUUUUAGAUCGUGUUGCUGAAAAAAAUUACACGAUACCAGAUACAGACGUGGUCAUUGAAAAAGGCACAGCGGUGUAUGUAGCUCUACCUGGUAUUCAAAUGGAUCCAAAAUAUUUUCCAAAUCCUGAUAUUUUUGAUCCAGACAGAUUCAGCGAUGAACGAAAACAUGAAAUUCAACCCUGCACAUUUAUGCCGUUUGGCGAGGGUCCACGUACUUGUAUUGGAAUGCGAGUGGGUAUGUUACAAACAGCUGUUGGUUUUAUACAAAUUUUAAAAAAUUAUGAAGUUUCGAUUAAUCCAGCUUAUAAAACUGAAAUUCAUCCUGGAAAUAUAUUUCUUGGUUUUAAAGAUGGUUGUAAUCUUUAUGUUAAAAAAUAUCAAUCUUGAAGUAAUUAUUGUUUUUAAAUUGUAUUCUUGUUUGUGUAUCUUAUAAACAUUUGUUUUUUUUUUUGGACAGAGUUGAUAAUUAUAGCGGAUAUAUUGCUUAAAUAUUUAUACAACAGAAUAAAAAUGAGAUCAAAUUAGUUAA